AUGAAUUUCGUAGAGUUUACCGUGAACGGGAAAAAAUGUACAGUCAACAACUCCCUCCAUCGGGAGACGACCCUGAACGCGUUCCUCAGGUAUCACUUGGGACUCCCCGGCACAAAGUCCAUGUGCAGGGUGGGUAUAUGCGGAGCGUGUAUUGUGAAUGUGACUGCACAGAGAGAGACCAGUGGCACCGUGGAGACAUUCUCCGUUAAUUCCUGCCUGGUGCUUGUUUUAUCCUGCCACGGGUGGGACAUUACCACUAUAGAGGGAGUUGGCAACCGACUGAAGGGUUACAGCGAUGUUCAGAAACGCAUAGCCGCAUUUAAUGGAACCCAGUGUGGAUAUUGUACGCCCGGAUGGGUUAUGCAUUUAACAAGUCUCAUAAACAAGGGUCUCAAUAUGGCUGAGUUGGAGAACUCGUUUGGCUGUAACACAUGUCGAUGCACCGGAUAUAGACCAAUAUUAAAAACGAUUCAGUCAUUCGCUGUAGAUGCCAGUCCUUCCCUGCGUAAAGAAGUUGAGGAAAUAGAAGAACUUAGUUCUUGUUUUAAUGAUAAAACCAAAAUUUGCGACCGUAAGUGCUCUACAUGCAGCGACGAUGAUUGGAGUUUAAUUUACGCUUCAAAUGUAGGUGAUAAAGUAAUUACAAUUGACUAUGGAGACAACACCUUUAUUAAAGUCUUUACUAAGGAUCAAAUUUUAGAUAUGUUUAAUACUUAUAAUUCUAAACCAUAUAUGUUAAUUGAUGGAAAUACUGGGAAAGGACUUAUUAAAGAUUUUGAAUAUCCAAAAGUUCUGAUAGACAUCAGAGAUGUCGGAGCUCUGAAGCACUAUAACUAUGAUCAAAACCUAGUUCUCGGGGCCAAUAUCUCUCUAGAAGAUUGUUUGACUAUAUUCAAGCAAGCUGCUUUUACGAGGGACGAAUUUGCGUAUUUAGGGGAAUUUGCGAAACAUUUCGACUUGAUCGCACAAAUGCCAGUCAGAAAGAUAGGUUCUUUAGCAGGCAACAUAAUGUUGAAGCACAGGAAUCCUGACUACCAAUCUGACGUAUUUGUAUUGUUUGAAGCGAUAGGAGCUACUAUCACCAUACAUGAUUCAAAGGGUAUGAAUACUACAUAUUCUAUGGCCUAUUUUCUGCAAAUCGAUAUGCAACAUAAAUUGAUCGUGAGUUUUCAAUUACCGCCACAAGAUUCGCUUCAUAUAUUUAGAAGUUAUAAGAUAAUGCCAAGGAGCCAGAAUGCUUUGGCAAUUGUAAAUGUUGCGUUUAGUGUUAAAUUCGACAGUGAUAAUCUUAUUGACUCAAUAAGUAUUGUUUAUGGUAACAUUGCACCCGAUUUUAUUCAUGCUAGCCAAACAGAAGCAUAUUUGAGAGGAAAAAAAUUAAUUCACAAUCAAGUAUUGCAAGAGGCAAUUAAUUCAUUAAAUAAAGAAAUAGUACCAAAGGAUAGUCCACCUGAACUAUCGCCAUGGGCAAGAAAGAAAUUGGCAAUAGGACUAUUCUAUAAGUUCGUUCUAAGUUUAACUCCAGAUGGAACCAUCUCCUCGCGAUACCAAUCUGGUGGUGAAUUAAUUAUACGACCUUUAUCAAGCGGUAUGCAGAAUUUCCAAACAGAUCCUAAACUAUAUCCUCUUAACCAGCCCAUAAUGAAAUUAGAAGCUGUUAUUCAAAGUUCUGGAGAAGCGCAGUAUGUUAAUGAUAUACCAUCGAUGUUAAAUGAAGUAUUUGGUGCUUUUGUACUAUCGAGUGUCCACAAUGGCGAUGUAGACGAAGUUGAUAUUGCAAAUGCGUUGAAAUUAGAAGGCGUUUUGGCUCUAUAUACAGCUAAAGACAUACCCGGAGUAAAUUCUUUUACCUUUCCUGGAAUACAACUUGAAACUGAAGAUGAGGAGAUAUUGGCAGACAAAAAUAUAAAAUUUCAUGGACAACCGGUAGCAAUAGUUGUAGCCAUAAGUCAAGAUUUAGCUAUAAAUGCAGCUAAAAAAGUAAAAGUGACAUACAAGAAUGUUCGAAAUACAUUACCAGUUUUAACUAUUAGUCAAGCCAAAAAAUUUAGUGACAGAAUUAUAUCUGGCUCUACGAUUGAGCCAAAAGGCAGAGGCAAUAAUGUUAAAAAAUUAAUAAAAGGCGUGUUUGACGCAAAGGCCCAAUAUCUUUAUUAUAUGGAACCUCUGUCAUGUGUAGUCAUUCCUGUAGACAACAGUUUGGAAGUAUAUGAUACGACUCAAUGGAUGGAUUUGACACAAAUUGCAGUUGCAAGAUGCUUAAAUAUGUUGGAAAGCGAUGUUCUUGUAAAAGUUCGCCGCAUAGGGGGUGGUUUCGGUGGAAAAGUAAGUCGCAAUGUGCAAGUAGCGUGCGCUAGCGCAAUUGUUGCUAAGAGACUGGAUCGUCCUUGCAGAUUUAUCUUGCCAUUAGAGACCAAUCUUGCUAUUGCCGGAGGAAGACUGCCGUUCGAGUGCGAGUAUGAGGUGGGUGUUGAUGAUGAUGGUAAAAUACAACACUUAAAUGCUUCUAUCACGGAGGAUGCUGGCUGUUCUCAAAACGAGAACAUUUUGAGCUACGUUGCGAGUAGCUUCCGCAGCUGCUAUAACACCGAUUAUUUUAAUCUGAAGACGUAUGCUGUACGAACUGAUUUGAAUUCUAAUUCUUACGCUAGGGCACCUGGUACACUGGAAGGCAUCAUGGGCAUAGAAAACAUUAUGGAGCAUAUCGCUUUUGCCUUAAAAAAAGAUCCCACCGAAGUCCGUUUAGCCAACAUGCGAACAGAAGACAAUGAUUUACCAUCGCUCAUAGAAACCCUGACUUUAAAAGCAGAUUACGAGAACAGAUUAAAAGAAGUCAAAACAUUUAACAAGAAUAAUAGAUGGAUGAAGAAAGCUAUCAAUAUUAACGUGAUGCUAUUCCCAGUAGAAUAUUAUGGGAACUAUACAGCCAUGGUUUCUAUAUACCGCGGUGAUGGUACAGUAACCAUAUCGACUGGGGGAGUUGAAAUGGGUCAAGGCGUUAAUACCAAAGCAGUUCAAGUAUGCGCUUAUGAAUUAGGAAUCCCACUCAAUCAAAUAUCAAUUAUUCCUAACUACUCAUUCGUAGCAGCGAAUAACGUUUUUUCCGGCUCCAGUAUAGUGAGCGAAUGUGUUUGCUAUUCUAUAAUAAAAGCGUGUAACACUUUGAAGCAACGCUUGAAGCCUAUAAAAGAAAAGUUGGGCAAUCCUACGUGGUUGGAGUUAAUACAGAAAGCCGGUGAGGAAGAAAUUGAUUUGACCGCGAUUUACACGAUGGUUGAUACCGAACCGGAUUUGCGUAACUACAGCGCAUUCGCAGUUUCAAUUUUGGAAGUUCAACUGGACGUUCUCACUGGAAAGUUCCAAAUUUGUAGAUGCGACAUAUUGGAGGAUGUUGGAUUGAGUGCCAAUCCAAAUAUUGAUGUUGGCCAGGUAGAAGGUGCUUACGUGCAAGGUUUAAGUUAUUUGACCCAAGAACAUUUUGUUUACGACAAAAAAACAGGCAAACUGAUGUCAAACGAUGCACUCACCUACAAAGUGUGUCUGGCUAAGGACAUUCCAGUGAUAUUUGGGGUUCACUUGAGAUACAAUUCCAAAAACACUAAAGGCGUUUUAGGGUCGAAAGCUGUCGGAGAAAUGGGCGUAUGUUCCGCGCUUGGUAUAAUUUAUGCAUUGAGGCAAUGUAUAAUGGAAUCACGCAAAGAGUCUGGAUACGAUCCUAACGAAUGGAUUGAUCUUGAAUUACCUCUCACAACGGAGUCGAUAUUAAAUGCGCUGGAUGUGAAACUGAACGAGUUACAAUUAUUGUAA